CGCACGGGGGUUCCUUCGUUCAUGGAAGAGCAUGGCCGGCGCAUGCGGCAGGCGCGCGCUAUGGCUGGCUCUUUGGCUUCCAGCGGUUGCUGGAAAGAGCCGCGAAGGCAUCGUGAACAACAUUGAGUAUGUCUGGCCCCUGGUGGUGAUGCGCGCCACUUUGGAGCGGGACAAAGGCGAGACGCAAGACAAGGUGGACGAGCUCCGGCGCACUGUGGCAGAGAUCGGCCACAAAGGCUUCGAGUUCUACCUCAACAAGGUGCUGCCGAAAGAGCUGAAGAAGGACAAAGACUUCGCCGCCGACUUCGCACUCGAGGACGAGAGCCGAUGGAACAAGGGCUUCUUCAGGUGGCAGAAGAGGGUCUACUCCAUGGUGACUGGCAUUGGCGUGGAAGAGAUCCUUUGGGACGGGAAGCCGGUGCCGCAGCUCCCCGGGGAUGAGCUGCACUCGUCCAAGCACAUGCAGUCGACUGUCAAGAAGAUCCUGGGGCACAUGGCCGCGUACAAGAAGGCCUCGGAGGCCACGGUGGACCCCUCCGCCAAGCGUUUCAGAUUUAUCCCAUGGGUGGAGGUGUACCGAGCCGGGGAGUUCCAAGUGUCCCACACCCACACCGGCUCGCCAGUAGUUGGCAUCCUCGCGCUGAGGUGCAACGGGAAGCAACGCAUGUCCUUCGAGGAUCCUCGGGGCGUGAAUCCGCCCUUCGGGUGGAAGCACCACAUCGACUUUCGAGAAGGUGACCUGAUCAUGUUCCCAUCCUGGGCUUCGCAUUUGAUGGAGCCGAACCGCGGCAACGGCACAAAUGUCUUCCUCAGCUUUGCGGUGCAGGCAAGGGAAGGCAUUCGUGACUUUGACUGGGAGGACGAUGGCACAGGCAGCUACGUGAAGAAGAUGGAGAAGAUGCUUCGAGCGAAGAAGAAAGAUCCGAGCCGCGAGCGGAGUGAGCUGUGAGGUAGGUCUCUCCGGGGUCCCGAGGUAUAUGCCUUUGCCUUGUUGGGUUGGA